AAGCCACCGUUCGAGUAAAGAUUUUUGCAGUUACAUCCGUCCUCUCAUAUAAAUUAUUAUGUAAAAUAAUAAAUUAAAGAAAAUCAUGUAAUUAAUGUCAAUGUCAAUACAUAAAAUAGGGUUUUAGCCUUCAGCCGCUGUCUGGGAAAGCAACCAAAAUGGCCGUAAGGUAUCUAAUCUCCAGAACAUCACCUAACAAUCUAUUCAGCCAACUUGUGCAUUCCAAAAAUCUCCAAAAAUCUUCUUUACUUUCUCAAUUCAUUUCAACACGAUUUUCCCGGAACACUGCCACUUCCACCUCUGAUUACACUCUUGAAGCAGCAGAAGCGGCUCUUGGCUCUGAUAAUCGUGUUCCUGCUACUGUAAUUACUGGGUUUCUUGGUUCUGGAAAGACCACUCUCCUGAAUCAUAUUCUGACGUCUCAACAUGGCAAGCGAAUUGCAGUAAUAGAGAAUGAGUUUGGUGAGGUAGAUAUUGAUGGAUCAUUGGUUGCUAGCCAUUCCUCAGCCAGUGACGAUAUAGUUAUGGUUAACAAUGGCUGCCUGUGCUGUACUGUGAGGGGAGAUCUGGUUAAAAUGCUUUUGGAGUUGGUUAAGAAAAGAAGAGACAAAUUUGAUCACAUUGUUAUUGAAACCACAGGACUUGCCAAGCCAGGCCCUGUUAUAGAAACAUUCUGUUCUGAUGAAUUAGUUUCACGUCACGUGAAACUAGAUGGUGUUGUUACUAUGGUUGACUCUAAACAUGCCAUGCAACAUUUGAAUGAAGUUAAACCUAGGUUUGUAGUGAAUGAGGCAGUAGAACAAAUUGCUUAUGCUGACCGUAUCAUAUUGAACAAGAUAGAUUUGGUGUCUGAAGCUGAAUUACAAAGAUUGACAAACAGAAUCAAGCAUAUAAAUGGGAUAGCUCCAGUUAAGUUGGCGAAAUAUGGAUCUGUUGACAUGGACUUUGUCUUAGGAGUAGGAGGAUAUGAUCUUGAGAGGAUCGAUUCUGAAGUUCGUAUAGGCAAUUCCUGCUCCGGAACACAUGAACAUGAGACUGCACAAGAGCAUCAUGAAGGGCAUCAUCAUAAGGAAUGCAAAUCUCAUCAUGACCAUGUGCAUGACUCUACUGUUUCCAGUGUCAGCAUUGUCUCUGAGGGAACACUGGACCUUGAUGAGGUUGAUGAUUGGUUCGAGAGACUAAUUGAAGAAAAAGGGGAGGAUCUAUACAGGAUGAAAGGUGUCUUAUCAGUGACGGAUUCUGAUCAGCGAUAUAUAUUUCAGGGGGUGCAUUCUACAUUAGAUGGCUGCCCAGGCAAGCCCUGGGGACCAAAUGAGAAGAGAGUAAACAAGCUUGUGUUCAUAGGAAGGAAUUUAGACGAAACUGCUCUUAGAAAAGGUUUUAAAGGUUGUUUAGCUUGAAACUCCUCCAAACAUUUGCUGACAUUGAAUCUAAAAUCAUCUUUAUGGUAGGAUGUAGUGAAAUGUUAUAGGAUGAAUUUUCAUUUCUUGA